AUGCCGGGGCUCCUGCAGGAGCUGGGAGCUUUCUCUGCGACGUCCGUUUCUUCUCUUGUCUUCUUCCUCCUCUCCACUUUCCUCUUCCUGUCGGCCGCCUGUUACCUGCGAGGACCUCCGAAGAACAAGGAGGGCCUCCGCCUGCCGCCGUCGCCGCCCAGACUCCCCCUCAUCGGCAAUCUCCAUCAGCUCAGCGCCCUCCCUCACCGCCCCCUUCGAGAGCUCUCCCGGAAGUACGGCCCCCUCAUGCUACUCCACCUCGGGCAGACCUCCACCCUCGUCGUCUCCUCAGUGGAGGCGGCGCAGGAGGUGCUGAAGACCCAGGACCUCGCCUUCGCCAACAGGCCUUUCUCUGCCGCCGCCGCCGCCCUCACCUACGGCAGGCGCAACGUGUCCUUCGCCCCCUACGGCGAGCACUGGCGGCGGGCCAAGAAGGCCACCGUCGUCCACCUCCUCAGCCCAAACAAGGUCCAGUCACUCCGGCGUACGCGAGAGGAGGAGGUCGCCCUCAUGAUCCGGAAGAUCUCGUCGUCUCCUUCUACAGCGACGGUGGACCUGAGCGAGAUCCUCUACGCCUUCUCCAACGGCCUCAUCAGCAGAGUCGUCGCCGGGAGCUGCCCGGCGAGGGAGGUGAGGACGCAAAGGUUCCGGGAGAUGAUCGACGAGUCGACGGCUAUCAUCAGCACCCCGAGAUUGGAGGAGCUCUUCCCGAGCUUGGCAUGGGUGACGAGGCUUCCUGGGGCAGUCUUGAGGUUGAAGAAGCUGGCGAAGAAGUUUGAUGUGCUCCUCGACGAGAUCAUGGCGGAUCACGAGAGGCGGGGGGAGGGGGGAAGGAGAGAGCAGGCGGAAGAGGUCGACUUCCUCAACCUCCUCCUCUCCGCCAACAUCGCCGGCGACUACGCCUUCUCUAGAGACGACCUGAAGGCCAUCUGCAUCGUGAGCCGCCGCCAUGGAUUAUCUCAUCUCUCUCUCUCUCUUUCUCAGCAUGACGUGGGUUUUUAGGUCAUCUUCAGACCCUCUUUGAUUCCAGGACCUCAUCGCCGCCGGAACGGACACCUCGUACGUGGUCCUGGAGUGGGCGAUGGCGGAGCUGUUGAAGAACCCGGCGCUGUUGGAGAGGACGCAGAGGGAGGUGAGGGAGGCCGCCGGGGGAAAGCCCGCCCCCACAGAGGACGACGUCGCCAGCAUGCCCCGCCUGCGGGCGGUAGUCAAGGAGGUCCUCCGCCUCCACAUGCCGGCGCCGCUCCUCGUCCCGCGGGAGGCCAUGGAGGCCACCCGCGUGCUGGGCUACGACGUCCCCGCCGGGACGAGGGUCUUCAUCAACGCCUGGGCCAUGGCGACGGACCCAGAGUGGUGGGAGGCGCCGGAGGAGUUCCGGCCGGAGAGGUUCCUCCGGGAGGAGAAGGCGGCGCCACCGGCAGACCUCCGGGGGAGCGACUUCCAGUUCCUUCCGUUCGGGGCGGGGAGGAGGAUGUGCCCGGGGAUGAACUUCGCUCUCUGCGAGGUGGAGCUGGCCCUCGCCAGCCUGCUCUACUGCUUCGACUGGUCUCUACCGGACGGGGCGGCACCGGAGGGCCUUGACAUGGCUGAGUCCCCCGGAAUCACCGUCCGCCGGAAGACGCCCCUCCGCCUCAUCGCUGUUCCGAACUCCGCUGUGCUCGCCUGA